GUUCUCCUGGAAGCUAUUAAUAGCAUUACGUCAGCCUGGGGCUGGUAACCCUGAGUAAAGGGGCGCGCUGCCAGAGCCGGAGCUAUAAAAACGGUGAUGCAACGCGCUCCGAGUCACAGUCGCACUCGGCGAGGCGCGCACUGCUCGACGCUCUCCCCGUGCCACCGCCAGACGGACGCGCGGACCCACAGCUCGCCCUCCGGACCUUGCCCGCCCUCCGGACCCGGCCCGCCCCGAGCGGCGACGCGAGCAAAAUGAUGCUUCAGCACCCAGGCCAGGUCUCUGCCUCCGAAGUCAGUGCCUCUGCCAUCGUCCCGUGCCUGUCCCCUCCUGGGUCACUGGUGUUUGAGGAUUUUGCUAACCUGACACCCUUUGUCAAGGAAGAGCUGAGGUUUGCCAUCCAGAACAAGCACCUCUGCCAUCGGAUGUCCUCUGUGCUGGAGUCCGUCACCAUCAGCGACAGACCCCUCGAGAUGUCGGUCAUGAAAGCUGAGGUAGCCCCUGAAGAAGACGAAAGGAAAAAGAGGCGACGGGAACGAAAUAAGAUUGCAGCCGCUAAGUGCCGAAACAAGAAGAAGGAGAAGACAGAGUGCCUGCAGAAAGAGUCAGAGAAGCUGGAGAGUGUGAAUGCCGAGCUGAAGGCGCAGAUCGAGGAGCUGAAGAAUGAGAAGCAGCAUUUGAUAUACAUGCUCAACCUGCACCGGCCCACAUGCAUUGUCCGGGCUCAGAAUGGGCGGACUCCGGAAGACGAGAGAAACCUAUUCAUCCAACAGAUAAAAGAAGGAACACUGCAGAGCUAAGCAGCCAUGGUGUGGGGCAACGGGGGAGUCCUCAUCGAAUCCUCCUUUUCCACCCCAAACCCUGAAAUCAUUGGAAAGCUGACUUCCGGUAUACCUCUAGCAUCCCAGCAUUGAGGCAAGAGGGCCCAUGGCAACUCCGCUGGGCCUCCCCACUUUGGACCAGGGCGAGCGCAUCCUUUGCCUCAACUCCAGGAUUUAGGUCUUAACAUACUGGCCAUUCUUUGCCGUCCAAAUGGCCCCUGGUUAGGGUCCUGCCCGUCCGUCAGGAUUCACACAGAAGUGUCUGUACCUUGGGUGGGCGGGGUGGAGCCAUCUCCUCCUCAG